AAAUCAAAAAUAAACUUCAUUUAGAAAAACCAAUCAUUACUCGUAAAUAAUGAACAGUUUGAUUCGAAAAUGUGUUCGAAACUUCUCAUUAAUAGCAACAAAUUCUCGCAAAUGUAAAAUUACCAUAUGUGGGGCAGCUGGAAAUCUUGGACGUAUAAUAUCGUAUUGUUUGAAAAUCUCUCCAUUUGACAUUCAUUUGAGUCUCUUCGAUACAUCAACAGAAAUCAAACAAAUUGCCGAUCAAUUACGUUUGAUAAAUACACCCAAUUCACUAGAAGAACAUGUUGGACCAUUGAAAUUGAGACAAUCUUUAAAGGACUCAGAUAUAGUUGCUGUUGUGGCCAGAUCAAAGCCAAAUCCAAACAAAACCUUUGUUCCUGAUACAUUUGAAAUGAAUUUUCCACUUGUUGCCAACAUUGCUCGCUGUUGCAUGGAAAUAUGUCCCGAAGCCAUUCUAGCGAUUUCAACAAAUCCUUUAAAUUCAAUAAUUCCUGGUAUUAAUGAAUUGUUCACUCUGCAGGGCUAUCAACAUUCGCAUAAGAUUCUAGGAAUCACAGCAAUGGACCUGAUGCAGGCUGGUGUUGUAUAUGCAGAAGCUUUAAAUAUUGAACCGGUUGAUGUGUUCAUACCAUUGACCGGAGGAACAACUGCUGACACCAUUGCUCCGAUAUUUUCUCAAGCUGCUGUCUCUGAAGAAGAGCAUCCUGAAGAACUUUCUGUCAUCGACUCUGAACGACUUCAUAAUCGUUUUCUAGUCAAAAAGAAACAAGCAAAUGCAGCCGAAUUUGCAACUGGUUAUGCUAUAAGUCAGUUUAUAGAAUCAAUAGUGAGAGCACUCAAUGGGGAACGUGAUGUUGUAGAAACGGCUUUUGUUGCUGCUCCCAAUGAAGCACCAGCUAGGUAUUUAAUUUCGAUGGUUGAUUUAGAUCAACAUGGUAUUGAAACGGUUUACGGACCACCGAAGAGCAUUAAUCGCUUUGAAAAGAAACUUCUCUAUCCGGCUCUUUUGAAUUUACAAAGGGAUAUUAUUCAAGCGGAGCAACAUGCUCAAACUUUGGUUAGAAAUGGCAUUGAAUUGCGAAUGAUGAAGUAAAUUUAUAAUAUGUAGUUUGUUAACAUGAACGAUUACUUUUAUUUUGUUAAUAUAUUUUUAUAAUAUAUUGAGAAUAAAUUGUUCAUUUGAAAAAGAA